GGCGCAUGUAGCAAUGUAUGUCUCAGAUAGACACUUCUGUGGCCAAAAAUUGGCAGAAAGCACUGGAGCUCUAUGAGGAUCUUAAGUCAGCUAAAAUUGAGCAGACUGUUUCAACUGUCAAUGCUUUGAUUACUGCCCUAUGUGAUGGGGAUCAACUACAGAAGGCUAUGGAAGUUCUGUCGGAAAUGAAGAGUAUAGGACUGCGUCCAAACAGUAUAACAUACUCCAUACUUGUAGUGGCAAGUGAAAAGAAGGAUGAUCUAGAAGCUGGCCUGCUGCUCCUUUCUCAAGCUGAAAAGGAUAAAGUUGUUCCAAACCUUGUCAUGUGUAGAUGCAUUAUAGGCAUGUGCUUACGGAGAUUUGAGAAGGCAUGUACACUGGGUGAAACUGUCUUGCCACAUUUGUCUCACUAA